CGAACUGUCCGCCGUGUGUCGCGUGUGCGUGACGUCUAACCUAUGACUCCUACGUUCUGAAAGGGGGUUACGGAUCGAGAUCACGACUCCGUCGCGCCCAUUGUCGCGGGGGGAUGCGAUCGCGACGACGACCGACUGUCGUCGAUCCACCGGGUGUCGACGUCCGCGAGUGAGACAUCCGUGGGAUCACGCCGCCGGCGUCGAGGAACGCCGCGUCCGAUCCUAUUUACAGAUCCUCGAGAGGAUGCACGCGGGCAACGACGCGCGAGGGACCACCACGCGGAUGUACGCAUCCUCGUGAAGCGGGCCCCGACGAUCGAGGCGACGACGUCCGUCGUUCGGACCCGGGCGUCGUCCUCGUGACGACUCCACCGAGCUUCAUCCGAGCAAUAACGCAAUAAGGCCACCGCCGAGAAAUACUCCAUCGUUGCAGCGGACACGUAUCGAUGGAUAAUCAGAAUAUUUUUGUAAGAUUGUAAGCCUACGAGAGUGCGGGAGCUCCGGAGGUGUUUGAGAGAAUCAACUGCUCCGAAUCGUCGCGACACAAAAAGAGGAAGAGUAUCUCGCGCGAGAGUUGGCUACUUUGAGUGCCACUUAUGCGAGGAAGAUUUUUUUUUUAUAACAGUUCAGUGCCAUGUAAGGAAACGACCCGAUUAUUCGUAGAGAUUGAUUCGUCGCUAUGCCCGCGAUCUGAGGUAUACCUGAAGCGAGGCUUGUUCCGAAAAUAUUUUGAAUGUUUUUGAUAGUCUGCACCGCUCAGGAAAUAUGGAUGACAGAAGGGUAGCGGAUUAUUUUGUUAUCGCCGGUCUACCUGGUCAGGACGACGAACUCAGCGAGGACAAUGAGACCAACAACAAGCUGGAGGAUUGGUAUCAGGAGGGCACUCAUCUCAAAGACAUGCACAUGCCCCCUCCUAUCACGGAUCUUGCCGUAAUAUUCCCUACGCUGGGGGAACAUUGUCCAGAGGGAUAUACGCUGUUGGAAUGUACUGUGACUGGUUUUCCAGCGGAUUUAAAUCAUGGGAGCUUGCGAACAAAUGAAUGUUACCUGUGCUAUAGAAGAGGGCGGGAUAAGCCUCCUCUGGUUGACAUUGGUGUAAUAUAUGAUGGAAAGGAACGUAUAAUGCAGGAUGCCGAGAUGGUAUUAGAGACCCCUAAAGGCCACAUGGCAAAUGUGAAUAAUUCCACUUCGAGAAUUUUUGUAACGUACAGACGAGCGAGUCAGAAGAUGCCUUGCAAUUCUCUUGUGGUUACGGACAUAUGCGUUAUCCUGACAAAUAAAGGAGAAAGUCCGCCACACGCUUUUUGUGUUAUCAAUAAAAAUCUGAACAAAGGGAUGCUGGGCAGUGAUGUGUUCUUGUGUUAUAAGAAGUCUAUGAAUCGAGCCAAUUUGGUGUCAUUUAAACCAACGAUACUCUACAAAUACCCUAUGGUGGAUUACAACAGUUUUGGCUUUCCUAAUUCUGUCGCCAUGUUUUGUCUACCAAUGGGCGCGACUAUAGAAUGUUGGCCUAAAGUAGCGUGUAAACCUAAGCCGGUAUUCUCGACGUUUGUCCUGACGGUUGCCGACGCUGCUCAAAAAAUAUACGGUUCAGCAAUAACAUUUUAUGAGGAGCUCCAAAUGGAACCUGACACUUCAAAUUGCAAACAUAAUCAGGAGAUCAUGAACACGGUUGAGAAUAAUAAAAACAGUGCAGAUAAUAUGGAGAUAACUAAAGAUAAGCCGCAGGUUAAAAUGAAGUUUAAGAGGUCUGGUAUACUGAAGAAGCUUAGUAUAUUGGAACUGGAAAAGUUACAGUACACAGAUCCUGCCAGCCAAUCGCUGAAUAUCAGUAAAUCUAUAUGUAUACUGUCUCACUGGCCGUUUUUCGACACGUUCGAGAAAUUCUUGGUUUUUCUGCAUCGCAUGGUGAACGAUAAGCCGCAGAGUGUCCCGAUCGAAAAGUAUAUCUCGUAUUUUUUAUGCGACAUACCGUUUCCAAGUCCGCAGCGCCCGCGAAUCUUGGUGCAACUCAGUAGUCGGGAUAGACUAAUCUUGACUCAACCAGAGGAUUUAGCUCUGCCUAGAUCGGGCGCAAGUUUUAGGCAACUGCUGAUAAACUUGGGACCUGACAACUGUCUAUUGAUACUGUUGUUAAUAUUAACUGAGCAGAAAAUAUUGGUUCACUCCUUACGUCCGGAUGUACUGACUUCCGUGAGCGAGGCCAUCGCCAUGAUUCUGUUUCCUUUUAAAUGGCAAUGUCCUUAUAUACCUUUGUGUCCUCUAGGAUUAGCGGAGGUAUUGCAUGCGCCAUUACCAUUUCUCAUCGGCGUGGAUUCAAGGUUCUUUGAUUUAUACGAUCCUCCUUCAGAUGUCAAUUGCGUAAAUUUGGAUACUAAUAACAUUGCGAUAUGUGAUGAUAAAAAAUAUUUAAAUGUUAAAUUACUGCCUAAAAAGGCGGCCAGACAGCUCAGAAAUUGGUUGGAACUUUUGUCCUCCAAGAUAAUUUCGUGGGGAAAGAAUAGUUAUUCCCAGAAAGAUAGAGGAGAUGAAGACUUUAGCGUAGACAGGGAGUUUCAACAAAAACGCAGGGAACAGGCUCUAGACCUUGAAAUACAAGACGCUUUCCUAAGAUUCAUGGCGACGAUUCUCAAAGGAUAUCGAAGUUAUUUAUUGCCGAUUACGAAAGCGCCUACCGUAGGAACAACCGAUCCGACGAGUUUAUUUAAUAUCCAAGCGUUUUUGAGAAGUCGCGAUAAAGCUCACGCUAAAUUCUACACCAUGCUCAUCAAAACGCAAAUGUUUAUUAGGUUCAUAGAAGAAAGGAGCUUUGUGUCCGAUAUGGAUAUGGCGGGACUAGCGUUUUUCGACGAGUGUACAGAACGAGUAGAGGAAGAAAAUGUAACUCUUUUGGAACUGGAUGAAUCUCAACAUAGUGAACGUACAGUAUUUAUACCUCCACCUGAAGCAGGGACAAAUCAAACACCAAUCAUAUACAAAUCGUUCAAGUUGAACCCGGAUUUAAUGAGGCCUCAGAAGAAUUUCUGUUUAAAGAAUCCAUCUCUAAGUGCCUUCGGUAUGGUACCUGGGAGUCCUAUCGCUCGUAGAACAAAGCACGAAAUCAAAGUUGCUCAAAGGAUGGCUCGAAAACAAGCUGCGAUGCCUGACAGAUGGGGCAGAUGCCUGCUCGGUACAUGUCACAGUCUUUGGUUUCUGCAUUUGCCAGCCAUGUUACAAGUUUCCAGUCAACCUGCUGCGGUUUUGCAUCAGGCUUAUGAGAUGUUAGUCAAAAUGCAGAAGUUACGUCUUGAUCCUAUGGAAGAGGUAUGCUACAGAGCUAUGAUGCAACUCUGUGGUGUAUAUGGGCAACCAGUUUUAGCUGUAAAAUUACUGUUCCAUAUGAAACGCAGUGGUGUUCAACCUAAUGCUUUAACGUACGGAUUUUACAACAAGGCUGUUCUCGAGGCAACUUGGCCUUCCGAUAUGACGAACUCAAGUCAGUUAAUGUGGAACAAAUUGCGAAAUGUUAUCGUCGGUGCGGCUUUAUUUAAAAAAGCUGGGAAAAAGAGCGCUAGAAGACGAUUGAGUUCCAAUAUGGACUUCUUAACCGCCGAUAAGACUGAAUGCAUGGAACAUGCGCUCUCUCGGUCUAGUCUCGACAGUUCCCAUUCUCAGGAUACUGAAGCUGCACACAGUGAUUCUACUAAAGGCAGUUCUGUGUCAGAUCUACCUGGAUUUGGAUCGUUUGAAUUAAAAGCCAAACUUCUUCGGCAGAAUAGCAUAGUGAAAGAUCAAACGACAUUAAGUAUGUUACAAUCAGAUGAAUUGGAACAAACAACGCCGAGUAAUCCAAGGCUAACGCGCAGUGUCGAAUCGCCUUUAAAAAGUCCCAUACGCACACCAGUUACGGAAAAUGACCCAUUGGGUGCUCUCAUUAAUGAUGAAACACCAAUUGUGUCGCCUUGCGAGGAAAAUGAUUCAAAUUGCUCAACAAGUACUUUAACUGUUUUAAAUAAUACAACUGAAGAGAGACCAGGAGGACCACUUUUAUUUAGAAGCAACAUCCUCCCACGUAGUGCGACAUUUCAUCAAGCGGUAGAUGAAAGUGGCAUGGUGGGUGGGCAUUUGCAGAGGAGUGAGACGAUGCCUCAUUCCGUGGCACAGCAAGGAGAACAAGAGAGAGAAAAGGAGAGAUUAGAAAUAAGCGGUCUCGGUUGGAAUAAGGAUAGCGUAACGUCCAGUCUCUCUAGCUUAGGAUCUAGUCUUAAACUUAGUUUCGGACGAUACUCCACGGGUGGAUUGGCAUUUGCUAAAAAUAAGGAUUUAAUAUCAUCGAAUCAACUUAUUGAAUCUCUUAGUCUAUCCAGCUAUAUCAGUCCGUCGAGUUUAACAGGGAAAAAAUCGAAUGAAAUAAUACUUGGUGGUCUGAAUAGUUUGAAAUCCGCUGCAACAACUGUAGUGAAAAAAUUUGACGAGAUAAAAGAAGCCAUCUCUGCGACGAGUACGCCGGUGAAAAAUAAGGAACGCGAACAAAAAAUAGCUUAUGGUAUAUCGCAUGAAUCUUUGGAUUCUCUUACUGAUGGAUCCAUACAAGAUCGAAAUGAGAUAAGAGCAUCAGGUGAUGGAAAUUUAGAUUUGGCUUCGCUGUAUGAACUCGCGGAGUGUCUCUAUCCAAAAGGUAUUAAAGAGUUGGAAGAACGUCUUGCCAUUGAACUUGUGCUUUCCAGUGCCAGUAGAUGCCAUCACUGUGCCGCUAUCCUAUACGACGAGGAGAUAAUGGCCGGAUGGCAGCCGGAAGAUUCCAACUUAAAUACAGUCUGUCAAUAUUGCGACAAAGCUACUGUACCCCUUCUCACAGCCACGAUAUUAGAUUACAGGUGCGAGGCAAGCGAGAAGAAUAAUGAUCCUUUAAUGGGGGCGUUAGUAGAAUUGCUGGAUCAACCGAAAGAAUCGUUGGAACCGAUAACCGUACCAUAUCUGAAUCCGUUAGUUCUCAGAAAAGAAUUGGAGAGUGUGCUGAGUCAAGAGGGGGAUGCUUGUCUCACCAAACACAGGUUUAUUCAAGAGCAUCCAAUAGUAUAUUGGAACCUGAUAUGGUACUUCGAAAGAAUUAAUUUAACAAGUCAUCUACCUGACCUCUGGUUAAACAACGAUAAGAACUCGGAACUUCAAAGAACUGUAGGAACGGUGGGUGUCAGAACCAUUUGGGACAACGAACGUUUACACAUGGAUCGUUUGCCUAUGUAUCUUCAGUGGAAGUCAAAUUCCACAGAAGACAGGACAUUGAUGCAGGCAGUGAUAACAUAUGUCCGUUGCAACGACUUAGUGGAACCUAUAAAAAGAGUGGCCUUAGAAAGAAGUAAACAUCAAACAGCUGACCAUCCGUUUUCUAUAUACAGGGAUAUUCUGUUCUUGGCAUUUGUCAUAUUAGGAAGAACGAAUAUUGACCAAGGCGUCUUCGAUAGGGAAUACAGUUUAUCGCUGGAGAAAUUCUCCGAGAAUGAAGAAAAAUUAUUGCAUAAAAUUGACGCGCCGCCGACGAUGAUGUCGGUUUACUGCAGGUAUUACUUCAAGCAACUAAACGUGUGAGAAUCGCGUGAGCAGCCGAAGAUGCUUGAAGAAGAUUGUUUCGUUUGAGACAUUGGAGGAGAUGUGAUAUUGCGCGAAUAAUUCUCGCGAGUGCGAGUAUUCCGUCUGUAUGAUUGCGCGAGAUACAAUGAUGCGCGCGAGGGACGAUGUUAAAAGAGAGUUUUAUCGCAUCCCAAAAUGUCUAGCGUCGUGACGACGGCUGCUACAUGUUGAAUGUUUAUUAUAGAAUCUAACACGGAGGACUAUUAAUGUUAUCGACGAUGAAUUACGAUCGAGUCCGAUCUACAGCACCGUUUCUCGAAAUGCGAUCGACGAACUGCGAUCGGCGUCACAGCGUCGACGUGCGAACUAACGUUACCUCAUCCUCGUUUCAUCAUAAGACUCCGCUUAUACUCAUUGACACCCGUGAUACUUGUCUUUGCUUGCGCAGAAAAAAAAACAUAGAUGGAUCGUCAGAUUCGGGAGCCUACGGUUUUCAAAUCUCGAUCACGCACGCACGCGAAAACUGACAGAAAUAGCCAUCGGAUAGGUUGCAUCGAUAUCAUUUUUGUGCUGAUCGCUCGAUUAAUUCAAGUUUCUUAUCACGACAAAAGACUGUAAUGUAGAAAGGAAAUCGUUAACUAUUCAGAGUUAUCGAUGCUACCAAUCGCGAGACCAGUCAGUGCAAUAGAAGUUGAACGAUAAUAUUUUUAACUAAUCGUACAUUUCUGAUCUUCAUAUGUUUAUAAUAUAAUUGUUUUUAACAGUUAUUGACUUUCUUUUUUUAAUUAAUAUAAAUUGGGUCGCGCAUGCCUCUCUGUUUUGUGAUUUAGCAACUUGUGCAGCGCAUUAGCAGUAUCUAAGAGUACAACAUUGAAAAGUGUUAAGUACCAAAGAAUUUACGGACUGUAAAGCGACUGCAAGUUCAAUUCCCUCCAGGUGUGCUGUGACCUUAAAUACGUUUCAGUCCAACACGUAAUAUCCACGAUGUAAAGAAGAAAGAAAAAAAAGGGCGGUGUUAAACGAGACAGCGCCUAAUACCGACUAUUUUUUUUACCGAAAGAAAUGGAGAGAGAGAAAGAGAAAGUAUGACGUCAAGUAUAGUGUGUGACAUGAAACGCAGUAUUCUUUCCUUGUACUCUUAGAUAGAAACGAUCGAUUAUUGCACGACAAAACACAGCGUAAGUAUCGUUUCUCUGCGUCCCAGGUGAAAAGUGUUCUUCACAGGGCGUAGCGCGUCGAGCUCGAAACUACUUAUCCUCAAAUGUAAAUGCUUAACUUGAGAGUGUGAAUAUUUUUAUGAAUUUUAGACAAUUCAAAGCAUUUGUAAUAGAUUAGCAAAAAAAUUAGUUAGAUGAUGCUGCCCACGAUUUAGUCUACAUCGAAAUAGGAUGAAGAGAUUUAGAUUAUUCGUCGUGCAAAAGAACUCACACGAACGCGGUCUUUCAGUGCCGUGCACUUUUCACCCUGGACAACGUGGAUGAACGUACGUUCAUUCAUUACAUUAUUAUGAAUGUAGAUCAUGAAAAUAAAGUCAGUUGAGGUAUUUUACAAAAGUAA